AUGACCCUCGGCGGCCUCGCCGCCACCGCGCCGCAGGACGCCACGCGCACCGCGUUUGGCCAGGUCAGCCAGUACCUGCUCGUCCCGGUCGGCCUCGGCAUGGCGUGGGCGGCGAAGCAGAUCACCGACUCCGGCCUGCACGAGACGAAGUGGUUCCUGCCGCGCAUGACUGCGGCGUUGGUCGUGGUUUACUUUCUGCUGGUGAAGCUGCUGUACAGGGCCGACCCGAACGCCAUUUACGACCUCACCCGCCGCCAGCGCCCCCGCCUCUCUGGCCCCAUGGCUGAUAUCCGCGCCGCCGCCGGCGACCGCGAGCUGCUGCCCGGCGGCGGCCUCAUAUCCAACAACAACGGCCCGGCCGCCGGCCGCCUGGGGUCGGCGCGCGCGUACAGGCCGCUUAGGCCUGGGGAGAAGGACUACAUCGACGAUCUAGCCUGGUACGAGGGGCGCUAUCCGGACGAGAGCGGCGCCGCCCCGGGCGGCGGCGGCGUCGCGGGGGGCGCGCGGGAACGGGCCGUGGCGCCGAGGGGGCGCAACGCGAGGAGCUUCUUGCCGUCGGCUGACGAGCCGUAG